AUGAGGAAUCAGUCAACAAAGAUCGAGUUCAUUCUCCUGGGACUGACCGAUGACCCACAACUACAAAUUGUGAUUUUUACGUUUCUCUUCAUCAACUAUGUGCUGAGCAUGACCGGAAACUUGACCAUCAUCCUUCUCACCCUGCUACAUCCCAGCCUCAAGACUCCCAUGUAUUUUUUCCUCCGAAAUUUCUCCUUUAUGGAAGCUUCACUGACAACAGUCUGUAUUCCCAGAUUCCUGAUAAGCCUCAUGACUAAAAACAAAGUCAUUUCCUACGAUGGUUGUGCAUCUCAGUUAUUCUUUUUCCUCCAAUUAGAAAUUGCAGAAUUUUACCUGCUGGCUGCCAUGUCCUUUGACCGUUAUGUAGCAAUCUGCAAACCCCUGCACUACCCGAUCAUCAUGAACAAUAAAAUAUGCUACCAACUCCUGUUCAGCUCAUGGGCCGUGGGCUUUCUGCUGUCGUUUUCACCAUUGGCUGUGGGCCUCACGCUGGAUUUCUGUGCUUCCAGAGUAAUCGAUCAUUUCAUGUGUGACAUUUCCCCUGUGCUGCAGCUUUCCUGCACUGACACUCGUUUCUUGGAAUUGCUUUCGUUUGCCUUAGCUAUUGUAACACUUCUGGUGACCUUACUGUUACUGAUUCUUUCCUACACAUACAUUAUCAAGACCAUUCUCAAGAUCCCCUCUGCUCAGAAAAGAACCAAGGCUUUUUCUACUUGUUCUUCUCAUAUGAUUGUGGUCUCCCUUACGUAUGGUAGCUGCAUCUUUAAUUACAUAAAGCCAACAGCGAAGGAAAGGGUGACUUUGUCCAAAGGUGUAAGUGUUAUUUAUACCUCGGUUGCCCCUUUAUUAAACCCUUUUAUUUACAGUCUCAGAAACCAGCAAGUUAAACAAGCCUUCAAGGAUGCACGCCAAAAGAUUUUCUCUCUUUCCAGAAAAUAA